CCGCUUCAUCCUUUUCCACCUCUCGGCCGGCGUCGCCAAGGUUUGCUGCGACUGCGAGGCACCCCGGAGCCACAAAUCCUCCCCGCCUUCGCGCGAGCUCGCCGGGGGGAGAGAUGCUGCUGGACGAGCCCCUCGACUUCGAGAAGGAGGAUCCGCUCCUCCCUAAGGCGCGCCCCGCCAAGAGGAAGAAGGUUAUUGGGUUGGACGAUCUUUUAGAGGAUUUCUUUGCAAGUGGUAAGGAUGACCUUAAAGCUUAUGGUAUUGAGUCCAAGCAUGGAUCCAAAGGAUAUAAUUCAGAUGAUGAAGACAAGAAAGUGAAGGAGAAGGAGAUUAAGUUUCGCAAAUUUGUUGAGGAGUAUGAGGAGCAGUCGAAAGAGUUGGAUGCUGGUGAUGAUGUGCCCCAAUGGGGUCAGAGAGUUUUUGGUUGCCAGAAAUCCCCUUCUGUUCUUACUGUCACAGGAGUUGAAAAUUGUCAACUUCUGAAAUCAUUCUGUGCAAAUGAGCAUUUAGGUUUUGAUCUAAACAUUGAACAAGGAGAAGGGUUUCUAGAAGGCUUGUUGGUGGAUGGAUGGCUUUUGAAGUUGGUCCUCUUGCAUGGCUCUGUUGAAGAUUCUAUAGCAUCUUGGGCACUAACCAAAUUGUUGUACUCGUGUAAUAAGAAGUUUCGAGUUGCUGCAUCUGACUUUUGGGACAGUGUUCUUUCCCUAAAUGAGGCUGACAAACUCUCAGUUGACAUUGGACACUUUCCAAGCUACUCUGUUCUAAAGAGUGCCAUACUCAACUAUGGAUAUAUAUUUGAUAAUUGCACUGAAGUUUCCACCUCUGAAAGUGUGAUUGCAGAUGAUGGCCCACCUCAAAACAUCAUUGAAUGGUUAAAAAUUACAUCUGCUUGCUGCAAAAUCAGAAAUGUGCAUUCCAUAUUCUCAUCUUCCGAGGCAGAAGAACUCCUUGUUAUUGUUAUUUCCUUAUUUUUGGACCGACAACUUGAGGGCCUGCUGCUUAUUUUGGGAGACUGUCUGAGUUCACUUAUCUUGUACUUCAAUUCAAGUGAAUGGGAAAGUAGCUGUCUAAUAGUGGCUCAGUCCAUUUCCCAGAGAGUCACAAUGGACCUGAAUUGUUUAAGGAUUGUUGACUGUAUCACUGGGACUGAUUACCGUAGCAAAUUCUUAAGGAGCCAGCUGGCCCUACAAUUCCUCAAAGUUAGCUUUGGCCUUAAGGUGGCAAAUGUUGAGAAGAUCUUGAAGUCAGUCAUGUCCAUAAAUGUGAAGGAUAAAGAUUGCAACUUUUUCAGUCUGUACGUAUACCUAGUUUUGAUGGAUAACUUACUCUUCUCAAGUGAUGCCUUUAGAGAUAAGCAUGCGAUCAUUAAUUCUUGGCGUAAUUAUCUGCGGAAUUGUUCAACCCAAAUAGGAUGCACAGACUGGAGAUUAUAUGCCUCAAAGGUUCGGAACAAGGCUUCUUAUCUUCUGCAAGGUGCGGUCUUGAGAAGAUCUGCUGGCGGUGCUAGCUUACCCGUUCAGUAAUUUGAACUUACUGAACUGGAUCAAAUGGUGCUGUUGACAGUAUCUAUAUUUAAACUACUAGCACCAAAAACUGCAUGGCAGGGCAAACUUUCAGGUUCUUAUAUUUGCUUUAGGAAUUGUAGGCCAUCUUUUGUAGACAGGGGCAAAAUGCUGGCAGCUUGUUUAUGGUAUCAUGGCUGACAGCACAUUUGGCCCAUGUAUAGCUUGUUCCAGUAUGUGGAACCUUUCAAGAUUUUGAGACACUUGUAGCUGAUUAGUGAUUACCCCUUACCGUCGGUUUUGGGAUUUGCCAUCCGGUAUGGAGUGCACGUGCAGCUUCAUCAGAUAGAGUCUCCUCGACUGAUCGCUGGAAUUGGUCAGAUUUUGCGUGAAGCGUGGAAUUCAUCAAAUGUUUACCACUCAUAUUUAUGAAAUAUUGUCAGCAUUCAAUGAAUCUGUGUUAAACAGGUCAUACUAACUAAUCUUUAAACGAGUCUAUUACAACGUCCUUGUUUGGCUGAA